CUGAAAAAAGGACUCUUCUAUUAAUGUAAUAUUCUAAUAAUUCACUAUCUUAUUCCGGCCGCAAUUGCAUCUUCUCUUCCUAGUACAAUCCAGGUUAGGGCAUCCCAACUGGGCCACCUAAACUCUAAUCAGUUCGCGCGAUCACUUCGACAUCGCAUUCAUCCACUGUCGUCCAUCCACUUCUCUCUUCACCACUCCAGCCAUCCCAUCCUCCUGCUCGUCGUUGACCGUGCUCCAGAGUAGUCAAAUCACCGUCGGUGCUCACUUUACAAUGCCUGCCGCAACUACCGACGCGAUCACGCAGGUCAGCCAGUCGGUCACCGUCGCCCCGCUCGUCCUGCUCUCGGUCGUCGAUCAUUACAACCGCACCGCCAAAGGCACAAAGAAGCGCGUCGUCGGCGUGCUUUUGGGUAAAAACAAUGGCUCCGUCGUGCGCGUCUCCAACAGUUUUGCUGUGCCCUUCGAGGAAGAUGACAAAGAUCCCUCGGUCUGGUUCCUGGAUCACAACUACGUCGAGAUGAUGAACGACAUGUUCAAAAAAGUCAACGCCCGCGAAAAGCUGAUUGGAUGGUACCACACCGGCCCGAAGCGCCAUUCCGCUGACCUCGAGAUCAACGACCUCUUCAAGCGCUACACGCCCAACCCGCUUCUCGUCGUCGUCGACGUCCAUCUCAAGAGCAUCAACGUGCCUACCGACGCCUACUUCGCGGUCGAGGAGAUCAAAGACGAUGGCUCGGCCACUUCGCGCACCUUCGUCCACACCCCCUCGCUCAUCGAGGCAGAGGAAGCAGAGGAAAUCGGCGUCGAGCACUUACUCCGCGACAUCCGCGACGCCGCCGUCGGCACGCUCUCCACACGCCUUACCCAGCAGCUACAGUCGCUCAAGGGUCUGCACUACAGACUAAACGAGAUCAGCACAUACCUCGCCAAGGUCGUCAACGGCGAGCUGCCGGUCAACCACAUCAUCCUCAACAAGCUGCAAGACAUGUUCAAUCUCCUGCCGAACCUGUCCACGCCCUCGGCCGAAGCGAAAGAGAAAGCGCUCGUGGGCGGCAACGCGGAAAAGAGCGAGCUCAGUCGCGCGUUCACAAUCAAGACGAACGAUGAACUGAUGACGGUCUAUCUGAGUUCUCUGAUCAGGGCAAUCAUCGCCUUCCAUGAUCUCAUUGAGAAUAAAGUAGAGCAGUCUACUUAGCAUACGCAUACAUAUCUUUUACAUAUAAUGUCUCGUAGGCAUACGUAAUGUAUAUUAUCAAGAGAACUGUAAUCACACGCCUUGAAGCUCACCUUUCUCCCUAGUAAUCAGUAUCAUCUAUACAAUUUCCAAAUAAAUCACAAUAUUCCAAACAGAUCCUUCCCAUUA